AUGGCCACCAUUAGGCAAGACUUGGGCAUUGUGAAAGCUCUAGUGUCCGGGGGUGCUGACCUUUCGGUUGGGUACCUGCAAGACCUUAAUCGCUGCCCCCUUCACCUCGCCGUGGCCUAUGGGAUGACCCCGGUGGCUCAGUACCUCCUGAAAGCCGGGUCGAAGGUGAACUUGACAGACGACCAUGGCUGCACACCGUUGUACUCGGCGUCCUUCGUCGGGAACCUGCAGUGCGUGAUCGAGCUGCUCUCGGCCGGGGCGGAAAUGAUGAUUGCAAACGCCGACGGCAACACCGCUCUCGAAGCGAGCAGCCAGCUGGGGUACGUCGCCAUCGUCAAGGAAUUCAUCCGGCACGGAGUGCUGCGUGCUUCGCCUCCGGGCACGUCCGCGUGGGUUGCUUUUACGACUCUGUGUGCGGCGGCGCGGUCCGGGCAUCCCGACGUCGCAGACGUAUUGAUCGAAGCUGGUGUGCCCCCUGCACAGGAAGGGCUGCUCCGAAUGGGACCACUGUCGUGCGCGGCUUCAAGCAAGAAGCUGGAGGUGGCGCGCCGAAUUCUCAAAGCUUCGGGAGUUGUGGACGAGAAAGAUUCUCACGGUUGCACGCCCCUCAAUCGUGCGUCACAAAUGAUUCGCCCUAGACUGACCGCAUUCCUGCUGGCGUCUGGAGCGAACCCCAGCGUCAGGUCUGCCGCGGAUAAUGUGUAUUCUUGUGUUGCGCCUCCCGGUUGCUUUUUGUUAUAG